CCAGCAUGAUACUAGCUAAGUAGGAGGCAAUUUGCUAAAAUCGCAUGACAACACAGAACAUUUCCUUACGUGUCAUGGACACUCAAUAGCUACCGUAGGCGUGUGGGCGGCGCGAGGGGAAUAUAGUGUUUCUUUGUUUUGCCCUGUCCGAACGAUGCGUUGGUGAUACCACAACCUUUGGCUCCAUGAAUGCAUGGUGUGACUACGAGUACAUGUAGCUAGUUUUGUUUGGUGGCCGGUUACGAAUCACUUCGUGAUUCCCUUCGGGCGCCAAACUCCUGCCUUCUUCGGUCCGAACACUGUGUCUGAGGCAAAGUUGAUUGGUUGUUGGUUGUCUCUCAGUCUCGCUGAGGGGAGAGCCACCAAUGCUUGAGCUGAGCAGAACAGAGCCCCAGGAGAGACAUGACACACUCUGGAAGUGUGUUUCGGUGGUUUUGUGAGUUUAUGCCUGAAAACCACUAAUUCAAAAGCCAACAGCAACAAACACAAUGGGCAACCACACCUCCGCACUCCCCUUGGACAUGAAGAACAUUCCCCCAGAAGUCUUGGCCAUGCUGGAAGAUGAAAAGAAGGGAGCCCAGUUUUUGGCAGAUGUCCAAGCCAGUUUCACAGCAAAUACCAACAGUGACGACAGUGGCAAUCUUGGGUUAGACUACACUAUGCACAGUAUCUUGAAAGCCUGCAAAGUCAAGCGCAACAAGGUUGUGACAAGAGGAAUCAAGAGAACCAAAUCAGGCUUAAGCGCAGCAGCAACCAAGGCAACUCCCAGCAAGCCUCUCCUGUCAGGGGUUCCAUCGGAUAGCGUGAACAGUGAACACAGUUUGAACCCCCAAGAAAUUGUAGAUCUGUUAGAGCAGUUUGCCAUGAAGGAUUGCGACACGGGCAUGGCAUUCUUCAAGGCAUUGGAGACCAAAAAACCAACUUCCAAGUACCACAAUGGCACACACGCCAACACAAAGGCCUCAAAGGCUGCUUAAGUUGGCUGAAACAUCAACCAACAAGCCAGACCAUACAAAAACAAUGGACAUCAUAGAGAUAAAGAAAGAGAAAUAAAGCAUAUUCUGAAGCAUUAUUGGCUAGC